AUGCGCACGCAGGCUUCCACAAGCACACAGACAGGCACAGAGCUACACGUGGACACGUGCACGCAGACAGGCACACAGUUACAUGUAGACGCGCGUGCGCAAAGGCAUGCACAGGGAUGCGUGCAGACAGGAACACAGCUACACGUGGACACGCGCGUGCACAAGACGUGGGCAUGCAGACAGGCACACAGCUGGAUGUGGACACGCGUGCACGCAGACAGGCGCAGACAGGCACAAUCGCACGUGGACACACACGCACACAGGCGAGCACAGCCGCAUGUGGACGUACGCAUGCACUGGCGUGCACAGGGACGCACGCAUGCAGAUAGGCACACAGCCACAUGUGGGCACGCACGCGCACGCAGACCGGCACAGAGCUACAUGUGGACAUGCGCGUGCACAGGGACGCGUGCACGCAGACAGGCACACAGCCGCACGUGGACACACGUUGGCCCCGGUAACAGCUGGAGGUUGAACAGUCGGAAGGAAGCAGGGUUACUGUCUGGUGUGGUCCUGAUGCAGAAGAUCAUCGUUUACCUGUCAGACACCACGUUAAUGGAUGUACUGCCCAAGAUUAACCAGGAGGUGCUUCUCCCGGUGCUGGAUGCACUGACAUCACCGUACACCAGUUUCCCAAGUGGAGCACAGGCUCGCUCAGUGCUCUGUGUGAAGACCCUCAGUCUGAUUGUCCUGGUGUGCCUGAGGAUUGGGCAGGAGAUGGUGACCCAGCACAUGAGUGAGAUUCUGCGUCAAUUCUUUGAAGGAUUCUCUGUCUCUGCUGAUAUAGAGCAGGUGGGAGCGAGUGAGAGAUUGAAGCCUGGAGGCCUUGGACACUCCGACAGCCAGGAUCGAGGCUGGGAUCCCACUGCACUCCAAGAGCUGCAGAAGGUGUUCAAUUUGGAAAUGGCUUAUUCUGCCUACGUUCCAUUCAACUGCCUGAUUGGUGAUUCGAUGAUUAAGAAAGUUGUUUGGAAUCACGAUCACAUCUGGAAGCUGAUGACCCAGUACCAGGAAACAGUGAGCGUGCAGAGCCUGGAAUCGGCCAUUGCACUCUCUCUGGGUGCCCAGCAUGGGAAGUCUGUCACUUUACCGGACCGGCCUCUGGCUGACGAUGGAGUAACGGGAACGUUUGGGAGCGUGACGGUGGGGAAUCGGAUUGAGAUCCCAGCGGACAGCGUUUCGGAGCCUCGUCUCUCGGCCCAGGCGAAGCAGUCCCCCGCUCCUUUGGCGUUCGCUAGCUGCCAGCAGGGGGGUGCCUUGAAACAGGAGCUGCCCCGCAGUGCUCGGAUGCUGUGUGGGAAUUGGCUGGCCUAUUGGCAGUAUGAGAUCGGGCUGAGUCAGUACGAUACCCACUUCCACUUCCAUCAGAUUCGGCUGCAGACCUUCACUGGGCACACAGGCACUAUCAAAUCACUCUCGAGCCUGAGCGGUGAAGACUUCUUCCUGAGUGCCAGCCGCGACAAGACAGUGCGGCUCUGGCCUCUCUAUAACUACGGUGACGGCACGAGAGAGAUGGAGCCCCGCUUUGUGUACUCUGAGCACAGGAAGUCUGUCUUCUACGCCCACCAGGCCGAGGCACUGCAACAGGUGGUGAGCUGCGAUGGUUCGAUCCAUCUCUGGGACCAGUUCACAGGUAAGAUAGCACGGGACCCCACCCCCCUCACCGUCACCAUGUUAACCGUGGCUCCCAAACAGGGAUGGCAAUGACCCCCCGCACCCACGGGGACAGUUGGUGUAGGGACGGGGAUGGUGACUCUGCCUGAGGUGAAUGUUUGAUUGGGAUUGGUUUUGCAGCAUGAGUUCAGGUUGAACACCAACGUGAUGGCUGGGUUAAUCCGCUGCCUAGCGGUAAGCCCCACUGGACGGUCAGUUGCAGUGGGAUUCUCGUCUGGAUACAUCUACCUGUUGGACACUCGCACUGGGCUCCUCCUGAAGGUGUGGCAGGCCCAUGACAGUGACAUCCUUCAACUCAAGAGUGCGGAGGGCAAUGUUCUGGUCAGUUCAUCUACCGACCACUCCCUCACCAUCUGGAAAGAGUGUGACCAGAAACCAUUCCACCAUUACCGGUCGCCCUCUGACCCCGUGCACACAUUCGAUCUCCACGGUAAUGAGAUUGUAGCUGGCACUGUGGCCAAUCGCAUUGGGAUCUACUCGCUGCUGGACAGCUCACUUCCGAUCUCCAUGAACAAGCUGAGUUCUGAGAACUUCCGUGGGACGCUGACCAGCCUCGGGAUCCUGCCCACCAAACGACUUCUCCUGCUGGGAUCUGAUAACGGGGUGAUCAGACUUCUGGCAUAGGCUGCUGGAGCCAAUAGCAACACACGCUGUUUUCAUAUAAACUUGGUGCCCUGAGCUCUCCCUUCAGUCACUAGCAAUGAGGAACUUUCACUCGUGUUCCAGUGACAAGCAGAGAGUUCCUUGAGUGAUGCCCCUCCCAGCUGAGCAGCCCCCAUCCCAGCACCGAGGGUUUUUUAAUGCACUGUACAAUGAAGCAGCCAAUUGGAGUUCACUUUCAAAAUGCACUGGAGAAGGGGCAGAGCCACGCACAAAACUUUGAAAAGUUUACAGUCGGGAAAGAUGGAGACUCCUUUUGAACAGAACGGUUUCUGACUGUGUGUCUGUUGCUUCAGGGUUUGGAGUUUGCUGGUCAGGGCCUUGCUCUUGUUACACACCUGACCCACUUCAACACUUGGUGCUUUGUGCGAGCGGUUUCUGUUCUCUCGAUGCUCAGGUGAGAGGCUACAGUCUGUCUCGGGUACUUCCCCUUUGAGCCCACCCCAAACCCCAGACACUGUCUCUGAAACCAUGUCUGCUGUUGGUCAGCAUGUGACUCCAGUCUACAGGCUCCAUGUCAGUUUGUGGUGGGGUUGGUGGCUCACCACAAGCAGGAGAUGGUGACCCCUCCCCAUUUCCCUGUUUGGGGUCCUGUCGUGUACCUGCCCCAUCCCUCCUGCCAUGGGGUAUCAGUCUCCGUCUGGGGGUUGCUGUCCCCUCUCCCAAUGCUGCAACCAUAGUAGAUCUGGCUGACUUCAGCUACCCAAUGACCUUUAGGAGGGGCUUUAAAGCAUUCAACUUCCUGCCCCUCUGCUGAGCCUGGGUGGUGGGGAGGUCAUAAGGGGCACGUGUCACUGUGCAGUAAGGGCCUGUGUGAGCCAGCCUGAGGGAGCGGUCAGCCCUGUAGAUGUGGGGUCAUGAACUGGACAGUGUGACCUCUGACUCUGAGGGGGGAAUUGGAUAAGGGGUUGAUGAUUACUGAGGGGAAAAUGGUGAGUAUCGAAUGGCAAGUAGCCUCCAAAAUAGUCCAGGGCAGGGGAAAUGUGUCACUAAUGGUGUUGACAUCUUUAAUGGCCUUAUAUUACAUUCUGUAUCAUAGUGUCUUCAGAAAAAGGGAGAUGCUGAGUGUUUUUCUAUAGUUUGUAUCAGGUAUUAACGAGACAUCUUAACUGUUUAAAAUAACAAAUUGCUCACUGUGUGAGAGGGUUCUGUCUCCUUGGAAAGCUGACACCCAUUUGUUCUGGGUCGGGGGACGGGGUACACCGCCCCCCACCCCCCCUUCUGUGUCGGGAGAGGGAGGGGGCAAUCUCGUGUGAACUGGAGACUUCUGGACAUGUAUCCCCCCCCCCCCCCCACCCACCCUUACACCCUCCCAGUUCAUAAUCCCCAUACACACCCCACCCUCUCUGCCCCCUCCCAGUCCACCAUCCCCGUACACAUCCCACCCACCCUUACACCCUCCCAGUCCUCCAUCCCCGUACACGCCCCACCCACCCUUACA